UUCAGCGGCGGCCGUUAAGAAUUUUACACGAAAUAAACAAAAACAUUUAGUUGUGGGCUAAAAUGAAUUCAUCGACCGAUCCGACAUUUUCGGAAUUGAACACAAGUUUCACAAAUACCACCGAUCUAUUCGCCACUAGUGUUAGUUUGGAUACAACAUCCCAUGGAUUUGAGGAGGAGGACCACUAUGCCUGCGGCACCUUUAAUUGCUCUCCAAAAGAGUUUGUGGCCUUUGUGCUCGGUCCACAGACCUUACCACUUUACAAGGCAAUUUUGAUAACAAUUAUAUUUGGAGGCAUAUUUAUAACCGGGGUCGUUGGUAAUCUCUUAGUGUGCAUUGUGAUUAUUCGCCACUCGGCAAUGCACACGGCGACCAAUUACUAUCUCUUCAGCCUAGCUGUUUCAGAUCUGCUGUACCUACUAUUUGGAUUACCAACGGAAGUGUUUCUGUACUGGCAUCAGUAUCCGGAUCUCUUCGGCAUGCCAUUCUGCAAAAUACGCGCAUUUAUCUCAGAGGCAUGCACCUAUGUGUCCGUCUUUACCAUCGUCGCAUUCUCCAUGGAGAGAUUCCUGGCCAUUUGCCAUCCAUUGCACCUGUAUGCUAUGGUUGGCUUCAAGCGCGCCAUUCGGAUAAUAACAGCUCUGUGGAUUGCCAGUUUCAUAAGCGCCAUUCCAUUUGGACUGCUCUCGGAUAUUCAAUACCUCAACUUCCCAUUAGAUGACUCCCGCAUUGAGGAGUCAGCAUUCUGUUCCAUGUCGCCCAAGAUUGUUAACGAAUAUCCCGUGUUCGAAGUAUCCUUUUGCAUAUUCUUUGUCAUUCCGAUGAUACUCAUCAUUUUGCUCUACGGGCGAAUGGGAGCCAAGAUUCGAUCUCGAACGAACCAAAAAUUGGGUGUUCAACCAGGCACCAACAACAGGGAAACGAGAAACUCCCAAAUGAGAAAGAAGACGGUUAUUCGCAUGUUGGCCGCUGUGGUGAUCACGUUUUUUGUGUGCUGGUUCCCGUUCCACCUGCAAAGACUCAUAUUCCUGUAUGCCAAGAACAUGGAAAACUAUUUGGACAUAAACGAGGCACUCUUCUCGAUUGCGGGAUUUGCAUACUACGUUUCAUGCACUGUAAACCCAAUAGUGUACAGUGUGAUGUCACGUCGCUACAGGGUUGCGUUCAGGGAACUCCUCUGCGGAAAAGCCGUUGGCGCCUAUUACAACAGUGGAUUCGCGAGGGAUCACUCCAGUUUCCGGGAGAGCUCCGCCUACGACCGCGUUCAUUCUGUUCACGUCAGAGCCAGCCGGCACCCAAAUAAGUUCGAAACGGACUCCCCAUCUGCGAAUAGGGUGCUGAUAAAGAAAACCUACAGUCUCCCGCUACCAAAAAAUGCGGACUCCACGGUCCUGAGCACCACGGACAUUGUCAUCGUGCUGGAAAACAGCCACACAGUUUGCGAGGAGCCCAAAGUUGAGAACGAUAUUUGGAUCGAGAACGAGGAGACUUGUAUUUAAGCACUAGGCCAUUUCAACAUUUGUAGUUUAAGCCAAAGACGUUGAGCACAACUUUUGUAGAACUAAUUUAGGAGCUAAGAAUUGUGUAUUGGGGACUUAGUGACAUGACUGGGAGUCUGUCUAAA